AUUCACAAACAAAUUAUUUAUCUUAAAUAUCGAUGAUAUUUGCUCUGGGAAUCCAGAAUAAUUUCUUUAAGAUGUGCUUUUACACGUCUCCAGCGUUCCUUUGAGGUGCGUGACAAGAGUCACGCACUAAAAUACUCGAGUCAAAAGUUGAGAAGUUGAUUUGAUUUACAUUUGAACCUAUUUCCUCAUAGAAAUAAUUCAAUUGCACUCGAAGAAAAUUUCUCUCUGUCAACCUAAGUAAGAAAGAUAUUUUUUAAACGAUUUUUGUCAUUGUAAAAGUCUAUAAAUUUAGUUUGGAAACUACAAGUCCGAACUUGCAGACUUAUGCUAAACGGAAAUGACAUCAUACGCUAAUUUUGCUGACUUACAACGCGAUAAUAAUAAAUGCAGUGAGGGCUAUUUAAGUCAUGGACCUGCUUUGUCAUACAGAAGCAAUUGCAUAUGACUUACAACCAUGUUCAAAACGGGGCAUUUUAUCAUCCUCAACUAGUACUAAAAUUUCCAACGCCUAUAGGGCAGUGAAUUAAGUAAAAUCUACGGAACAAAAAAAUAUCAUCUCUAAUGUCUUCUGUCGUCGAAGCUGACAUACGCUGGAAGAGACGGAGAACUUGCGAGUCUAAAAUGAUCAGUCUCAGAGAACUUUGCAGGGCUGUGAUUAUCAAAAACACCGGAUUGCGGCGACUUCGAAAAGCGCGUAAAAAACUGCCUUUACCGCAACAUUUAAUCGACUUUUUGACAUCGGAUUUCAGCUUCCGAGAGUUCGAGGCACAAAACUUGAAUCUCUCCAGAGAUAUGCGGGUUCAUUGUAUUUAUCCAACCAGGAGUUUGCUGGAUAAUUCUAAGGUUCUACUCAAGUGCAUCAGCACCAAGACUUUCAACUCUACAAAUUCUUCGCGUCUCCUUAAGAGAUGGGCCGAAAUACGCCACAAGAACAUUAUGCAGGUACUGGUUUUGUUCAGGGAACGAGAAACUAUAGGAGUCGUCCUGGAGCCAUUUUCACCGAGUCUUUACGAUCUGGUCCACGAAUAUCGCAAAGCAGGAGUGACAUUUUCCGAGGGACUUUUGUGGAAGAUGUUGCAUCAAAUCUGCGAUGCCUUGUGGUAUUUACAGAGACGUCAGAUUGUGCACACGGAAAUCCAAAGCAAGACAUUGUCUCUUUCGAAAUCAGGAGAUAUUUUGCUCCACAAUCUCCUCAUUUACACUCCUAGUGAAACAGAGCUUAAUGUAUGCGUUGAUGGUAAAGAUUCCUUUUACGGAAUCUAUGUUGCCCCGGAGAGAAUUCGAGGAGAGAGAUAUUCGAGCAAACAAGAUGCUUGGGCGCUGGGAUGCGUCGCGUUCGAAAUGGUUUUCUUGGAACCAGCGUUUCCGCUUCGACCAGGUGAAAAUAUUUUUGAAACUUUGAAUAACAUCGUUCACGGGGUUCCACCCGCGACACUUAAUGAAGCAGAUAAUAAAUCAUGCGGCUCCUGCAUAGAGAAUUUGAUUCGUUCUUGUUUGAUGCCCGAGCCAAGGUUGAGACCGUCAAUCGAAGAUGCAUUUCAUUUUACGAGGGAGCAAACACGACCAAAUUAGACAAGUAUUUCACGAAAAUAAUUCCUUCGCGCUUGACUAGCUAGGCAAAUAUAUUUGCAAAUGAUGCUGUUUCAGUUCUGUAUCAGCUGGAAUGCUGAUAUUCCAUUUGUUUUUAAUAACGGAAGAACACGUAAUUAUUUUAACCACAAAUGUGGGCAGUAGUUGAGAAUUCAGCUACAAGUGCAGUUUACAGGUGACACAACUAACGUCAUGUCACACAACAUCAUUAGUUCACCAUCGUGACUUUCAGAGUCACGGUUAAACCAAGUUUAGAAAUUACUGUUAGGGCGUAGUUGGUGCAAUGCUUGCCAAACCAAGAUUGUCGGCACCUGCUUUUUGGCCACAGAAGUCCUUAUAGUUAAAAGAAUACUUUUUCGCGGUGUGUUUCAAAACUGUAAGUAGUUUACAAACGCAGGGUUUUCUGGUACAUUCUUUCAAGUCAAAAGUUUUCCACAGAUUCUGCGUUAUCUGUAUUUCUAAAUUUUUGAAGGAUAGAUAAUUAAUUAGUUUUGAAAAUCAGUUAACUAAUAGUGGAUGAAAAUAUUGCUGUUUUUUAGUAGCUGUGGUUCGAAUUGUACUCUCAUAAAAAUGUUAUCUUUCACGCUGGCGGGAUUCAUUUCAGAAGAGGCCAAUAACCAUUUUUCGCUUAUACCCAUCAGAUUUUUAAAAUUUGUACCCAGAAAAUAUUUAGGAAGUUAAAAACCAUUUGCAAUUAAUUUUGUAUAAAUAUUUUGGGACAAAUACAAAACUUUAGCGAUCAAUGUUAAAGUGAUAAACUUUCAGUUGUGGAUGGGGCUAAAAGAAUGUUAAAGCGCAGAAAUAGUUUGCUAUAUCCUUACAAUUUUUGCGAGUCGAACAACCAGUUUUCCUACAGAGUUACGCAUUUUUGUUAGCUAGGUCGUUCGUAUUGACGAAGGGCUAGCCUGAGGAAACCCCCAGAGAGCCUGAUCCUCAGGCUAACGAAGGGCUAACACUCGAAACGCCUUAAAAGCUAUUUAGUGGCCAAUUUACAUUUAUCAACUCAAAAGAUAAAAUUGAAUUAUCUCGUGAUACCCCACCGACGCAGCACUACAGUUUCUGUAGAAACUUAUCACCUUUACUAAAAUAAACCUUAUUUGAAUAAUCGCCGCCAGAACUUUCAUCUCAUCCUUUUCAGACUUAUAUGUAAAUAAGAUUCACCUCAGUUCUAUAUAUAACUAUUGCUAGUUCGCGAUUACUUAAGCGUGACAUUUUUUAUAUUAUGAAAUCCAGUCAUGAAAACUUCAUUCAACGCUCGUUUGUCAAUAAAAUAUCAUCUUUUCAG